UCGAGUAAUAGCUACUUAGGUAUGGUGAAACCCUGUUGGAACCGCGGUUAUGGGAGAGUAAGAGGGGUGCAGAAUGGAAGAACGGACGGGUUGUUGUGGUACAAGGAUUUGGGGUCUCACGUAAGCGGAGAGUUCUCAAUGGCGGUUGUUCAAGCGAACAAUUUGUUAGAAGAUCAUAGCCAAGUUGAGUCGGGGCAAUUGGAUGCGCGGAAAAUGGGCCUUUUUGGGACGUUUAUCGGGGUCUAUGAUGGCCAUGGCGGACCAGAAACCGCACGGUUUGUGAACAAGAAUUUGUUCUCCAACCUCAAGAAGUUUGCAACCGAAGAUCAAGAAAUGUCGGAGGAUGUCAUUAGGAAGUCUUUCUUGGCAACGGAGGAGGAGUUCAUUUCGCUCGUUAGAGAUCAAUGGCGUACGUGUUCACAGAUUGCGUCGGUGGGCACGUGUUGUUUGGUGGGCGUUAUUUGCAACGGAUUAAUAUACAUUGCGAACGCCGGGGACUCACGGGUGGUUUUGGGGAGAUCGGAGAGGGGCGGUAGAGGAGUCUCGGCUAUUCAGUUAUCUGAUGAACACAACGUGAACCGUGAGUCCGUAAGAGACGAGCUUCGGUCAUUGCAUCCUGACGAUCCAAAGAUUGUGGUUAUGAAACAUAACGUUUGGCGUGUUAAAGGGCUCAUACAGGUCUCGAGAUCAAUAGGAGACGCUUAUUUGAAGAAUCCUGAGUUCAAUCGAGCACCUCUUUUGCCGAGGUUUAGGCUCCCACAACCGUUUACGAAGCAAAUCCUUAGUCCCGAGCCAUCAAUCUCUAUACACGAAGUUACCUCGAAGGACGAGUUUCUCAUAUUUGCAUCCGAUGGUCUAUGGGAGCAUCUUAGCAACGAGGAAGCCGUCAAUAUCGUCCACAAUUACCCACGUAGCGGAAUCGCACGGAGACUAGUGAAGGCGGCGCUUCGGGUGGCUGCAAAGAAACGAGAAAUGAGAUAUACGGACCUAAAGAAGAUCGAAAGAGGGGUGCGUAGACAUUUCCAUGACGAUAUUACGGUUGUGGUUGUUUUUAUCGACCCUUCUUUGACGAACCUAAACUCGAGUUUGUCGAUGAAAGGAGGCGUUGGGCUCCCCGGGCCUAACAAGUUCUGUAUGUAGACUCCGAAAAUGACCCGAACGGGUUUACGGAAAUUCGAACACGAUGAAGGGAGAAGAACCCAAUGGUUAUUGUACUCCCUUCAAGCUUUUGUGUUUUAUCUGGGUAUUGAACCCAUUUUAUU